UUGGCGGGAAUCGCUCGGGCACGCGUCAUGGCGGACUGCGUACCUACGCCGCCAUUGGUCCGAGGGACACGUGACUGUCCUGUUCCGUUCGCGGCGCGGCGCGGCGCGGCGUAAUGUAAUGUCGCUUGUCGGACGACCAUAACCUACCUGUUCUCACAUAAAGCAUUGGCAUUCCUUUUCUCGCCUACGACACCUUUCUCUCGCGACCUUCCUGGGAUCUCUGGCUAGUUGGCUACAUCCGGCGUCGCCCGUCUCAUUCCUCGACGAUCGUCCGAUUGUUCCCGACGUUUGAAAAUAUACCUUGCAAAUGUCAGCGCCACGUUCGUUCACAAAAAUGUUGCGUGUCAGAGGAGUGAAUAUACGACUGGCCAGCACAUUAGCUGCCAGGAAUUCGUCUGGAAAAGUACUCGAUUCCGUAAUAAGAGUCGAUCAUGCCGGCGAAUUGGGAGCUGACAGAAUAUACGCCGGACAAAUGGCCAUACUAGGCAGAACGACGGUCGGACCGACUAUACAGCACAUGUGGGAUCAAGAGAAGCGACAUCGCGCCAAAUUCGAGGAAUUGAUUCGCAAGUACCGAGUCAGACCCACCGUCCUCACCCCGCUGUGGAAUAUCGCCGGGUUCGCUUUGGGUGCCAGUACUGCUCUCAUGGGCAAGAAAGCAGCGAUGGCGUGCACUGUGGCAGUGGAGACUGUGAUCGUCGAGCAUUACAACGAUCAAUUACGUAUGUUGAUGGAGAAUGGCGACAAUGUGGACAAAGAAAUACUCGAAACCAUCAAGAAAUUCCGAGAUGAAGAGCAGGAGCAUCAUGAUACGGGCAUAGAUCACGGCGCCGAGCAAGCACCAUUUUACCAAGCUCUAACAAAUGUGAUCAAAUGCGGCUGUAAAACCGCUAUUUCGAUUUCCAAAGUGAUAUGAACGCAUUUGCAAGUGUUCGAAAUUAAACGUUAAAGAUGUAAA